AUGGAGCGGCGGAACAAAAUACUCAACGGUAGCGAGAGGCCACUGGAACACAUCUUCAGCACGAUAGAUGGAAUGCUGUCGGGUCCAGCAUUCGUAGAUUUCUACAAUCUAGACCAGGCAUCUUGUACAACAUUACGAUUAAUCGCAGGGCAGGCUCCGACCGAUGACAGGCUGGGUACAUUUUUAACGGUUGCGGAGACUUGUUCACUAUCAAGACUUUCACUGACAAAAACACCACUGAAUUGCUUACGAAACAACUCGCAAAUGCUUUCUCUGAUGGAAGCUUCAGUAUCGUUACGUGUCAUCACGAUCAACGAAUUCCACGUCUCUCUCCUGCUGGUGUUCGUUGAUUUUAAAAAGGCGUUCGACCGACUCAACCACGAAAACAUCUGGGCCGCGCUCAGGCGUAGAGGAGUCCCAGAGAAGCUAGUCCAUCUUAUAGAGGCUCAGUACGAGGCGUUUUCGUGCAAGGUAUUGCACAAUGGCGUCUUGUCCGACCCAAUACGGGUUACUGCCGGUGUGAGACAAGGCUGCAUAUUAUCACUGCUACUGUUUCUUAUCGUCAUAUACUAG